AUGUUUGAGCACCUUGACCAUGCCAACUUCGUUUCAUAUGAUUCGUCCAUAGAUGUCGCGUGCAAGGAUGAGGAGAAGUGGCUUAGCUUUCCAGCGGCCUUGAAUAUCGAGCGUAGCGCCAGACUGUUCCGGCAGGCCAAUAUUGACCCUAAUAAACUUUCACCCAUUUUGGUUUUGGGAGGUCAAGAAUGGAAACUGCUAGAUCCGAAGUGCAAAACUCCCGAAUGCCCUGCGGAAACGCGCCCGUCGCGUGGAAGGUGUGAUACAUAUACUAAUUAUCAACUAUCCAAUUAUGAUGUUGACCGUCUCAUGCGAAGCUCGUAUCCAGAAGAGCCGGAAGUGCACUAUAACAUAUCCACUGCUUAUAGUUGGGUCACGUUUGAGAGUGCCAGAAGUUUGAAGGCAAAAGCCGAUCUUGCCAACGAGAAUUGCCUCGGGGGCCUUGCUGUUGAGAUGGUAUACACGGGUGGACCGGCCACUCUGGCAAACCCUAAUGAUUUAGAUCCAAUUAAUACAAGCAUGGAAAGCGCGCCCCCGACAAAUCCACUUCAGGAUUUCGAUCCCAAUGCACAGCUUACUGUAACGGACACGCCCUCCACCACGAGCACGCAGAGCGCCAGUUUGAGUACUGAUACAAGUACCACUGACACCGAUACCAAUGUUAAUACGGAGGGCUUAUCCUGCCAUCCUGCGAUUGGUAGUGUCCACGUUCCGAUCGCUCAGCAGGAUUGUGAUUCAAACAGUACUUCAACUGCUUCUCACAGCCCUGAUACGCCAGUUAAUGCGGAAGAGCAUACCCCUAGCCCUACUCUCGCUGCUCCCCACGAUGCCAGUACAUCCGAUGAGCCUAAUGCAAUGGGUCCUAAGCCUACUCUUACUCUUGCCUACCGGAUUGGCACUCCGACUGAUACCGCCGAGAAAGCUAAUGAUGAAGGCACCACUCCUGGCGAGCCCGCCAAUGCUCCUUGA